AUGUGGAUCAUCAACUGGUUUUACGAUGUCCUUGCCUCGCUUGGUCUCCUGAACAAGCACGCCAAGCUUCUGUUCCUCGGUCUCGACAAUGCCGGCAAGACCACGCUGCUGCACAUGUUGAAGAAUGACCGUGUCGCCGUCCUAUCCCCUACUGCUCACCCGACCUCUGAGGAGCUGGCCAUCGGCAACAACCGAUUCACCACUUUCGACCUGGGUGGUCACCAGCAGGCCCGUCGUCUGUGGAAGGACUACUUCCCUGAAGUCAGUGGCAUCGUCUUCCUGGUCGAUGCUAAGGACUACGAGCGUUUCCCCGAGUCCAAGGCCGAGCUUGACGCCCUGCUUGCCAUGGAGGACCUCGCCAAGGUCCCCUUCCUUGUCCUCGGCAACAAGAUCGACCACCCCGACGCUGUCAGCGAGGACGAGCUCCGCCACCAGCUGGGUCUUUACCAGACUACUGGCAAGGGCAAGGUUCCUCUCGAGGGCAUCCGGCCGAUCGAGCUGUUCAUGUGCAGUGUCGUCAUGCGCCAGGGUAAGUUGCAGCGCCACCUCCAAUCUGGCCACGCAGUCGUAGUGCCAUACGCAUACAGACAGCAAACUGACUUCUGA